CUUUGUUAAUUACGCCCUGGAGCUGUUAGUGCUCAAGCAUUUUGGCGAAGAAAUAUGGGAGAAAAUAAAAAAAAAAGCCAUGGUCACAAUGGAAGGACAAUUUUUAGUGCGACAAAUUUAUGAUGAUGAAAUCACAUACAACUUAAUUGGUGCAGCAGUGGAAAUAUUAAACAUACCAGCUGACGAUAUUUUGGAAUUGUUUGGCAAAACUUUUUUUGAAUUCUGCCAAGAUUCUGGAUACGAUAAAAUACUGCAAGUAUUGGGAGCCACACCAAGAGAUUUUUUACAGAAUUUGGAUGCCCUACAUGACCAUUUGGGCACAUUGUAUCCUGGCAUGAGAGCGCCCUCAUUUCGUUGCACAGAAAAGGAUGGUUCAUUGCUGUUGCACUACUAUUCAGAACGUCCUGGAUUGGAGCAUAUUGUAAUUGGUAUUGUUAAGGCGGUUGCCUCCAAGUUGCACGGCGUUGAUGUGGAAAUUGAAAUUGUGAAACGUAAAGGAGAUCCCAUGGAAGAGGAUGAAAAGGAUGAAGUUUUUCUACAUCAAAUAAGUCAGAUACAACAACAAUCGAAUGCUUCCGUUACAUGUUCAAAUGAAGAAAAUAAUAAUCUCAACGCAAACAUUAAUCUGAAUAACAACAACGAUGAAUCUGCGGAUAAUUAUACAAAUAAUAGAAGACCAGAACCAUGUCCAUUUACACGAAAAAAAUCACAUUCCGCAUCUUCAAUGGCUGCCACAACAGCGGAUAGUUUCGAUAGCGAGGAUAAAGAGCAGAAGUGUUUGCGUUUGUUGAAAAACAAAAGUGAUGAUAUUGAACGUUACGACCAUGUCCAAUUUCUGAUACGUGAAAUAUCAUCGAAUAAUAAAGCCGACAAUGAGGCAUUGGGAACAAAAGAAGAGGCAGGCAAGGAGCCACCAGAUGAAAUUGAAAAUUUAUGUGGAGCGCCUUUGAUAUCACCGGCAACAUUUUGUAAAAUCUUUCCAUUUCAUCUCAUGUUCGAUCGUCAAAUGAAAAUUGUACAAGCUGGCAAAUCAGUGUCAAGAGUUAUACCACGAGUGGCCGAUGAAAAUUGUUCUUUAUUAGAAGUACUUGAAGCCAUACGUCCUCAUUUACAGUUGACAUUCGAGAAUGUUUUAGCCCACAUCAAUACAAUCUAUGUACUGCAGACACGUCAAGGUGCCAUGGGCAAACAUGAACGUUAUCUUAGACUAAAGGGUCAAAUGAUGUAUAUACCAGAAUCGGAUCGUAUACUGUUUCAAUGUUACCCAAGCGUUAUGAAUUUAGAUGAUUUGGCCAAAAAAGGUUUACACAUCUCUGACGUCCCAUUGCAUGAUGCCACCAGAGAUUUAGUCUUGCUCUCUGAGAAAUUUGAAGCUGAAUAUAAAUUAACUAAAAAUUUGGAAAUGCUAACCGAUAAAUUGCAACAAACAUAUAGAGAUUUAGAAAGUGAAAAACAAAAAACUGAUAGACUUUUAUAUUCAGUGCUACCAAAAUCUGUUGCCAAUGAGUUAAGACAUCAAAGACCAGUUGCACCCAAAAGGUAUGAUUCCGUAACAUUAAUGUUUUCUGGCAUCGUUGGUUUUGGUCAAUAUUGUGCUGAGAACACCGAUCCGGAGGGUGCCAUGAAAAUUGUUAAAAUGCUGAAUGAACUUUAUACGGUAUUUGAUGCUCUAACAGAUUCAAAACGCAAUCCAAACAUUUACAAGGUGGAAACUGUUGGUGACAAAUACAUGGCAGUCUCUGGAUUACCCGAUCACUGUGAAAAUCAUGCUAAAUGCAUUGCACGCCUGGCCCUCGACAUGAUGGACAUGGCUAAAAAUGUUAAAAUGGGUCCAAAUCCAAUGCAAAUAACAAUUGGUAUACAUUCCGGUGAAGUUGUGACCGGUGUUAUAGGCAAUCGGGUGCCGCGCUACUGUCUAUUUGGUAAUACGGUGAAUUUAACAAGUCGCACUGAAACUACAGGCGUGCCGGGACGCAUAAAUGUCAGCGAAGAGACCUACAAAUUACUUUGCCAGGAGAUCAACCAGGAUGAUUCAUUUCAUCUAGAAUACCGUGGUCCAGUCGUCAUGAAGGGCAAACCAACACCGAUGGAUUGUUGGUUUCUCACACGUAAUACAAAUGCUACGGGCAGUACUGGCGGUAGUACAAGUAGCACUGUUGACUCACCCUUGCCACCACAAACACCAACAGUUGCAGCAGCUCCAUCAGCAUCUCAACAACUAACCUCAACAUUAGCAUCGUCUGCAUCGCUACAACCAACAUCGUCAACAUCAUCAGCAUCAUGUGCACAAUCACAAGUACCCACACAACAGCCAACCAGUCAUCCAACACCAAUUGUGCGCACACAUGUUGUAGCGGCGACGGCACCAUCAUCACGCAAAACAUCCAGUGCUAGUACAACAUCUGAAUCUUCCUCAACAAAUUCACAAUCCACUGCAGCCACUGUUGCUGAACAUGCAAAUACUAAGACAACAACAACGGAAACAUAGAAAAUGUGUAAAGAAUCGUCCUGUUGCUGCUGAAACAUACUCUAAGGAUGCGUUCGUACGUUUAUUCCUUUACUAGAGUUUAUUGCAACGGACGUAUUAAAAUUUAAAAAAAAAUGGAUAUCUUCUCAAAAAGUAAAAAAAA